GUCUCUCUCACCUAGUGAGCUGGAGAAGAAAGGAACCGCAAACUCAUGAUGAACCAAAAAAAGGUCGAGCCCUCGUGAUGGCAAAUGAGACCAGAAGGACUAGUGUUCGAACCUUCAAACAAAACAAAAUGUAUAAAAAUCGUUUCUUUGUAUUCUCGAGUAUCUCUACCACCUCGAGAUCUGAAAUCUGAUUCUACCUUUUCAUUUUCUUUCUCAAAAGUCGCGGCUUUGAAAUAGUUUCUCGGUUUUCUAGUUGACUCAUUUUCAAGAUCUGGGGGCAUCUGUCAUUUCUUUUCUUUAAUACUAAAAGCUUUCUUCUUUCUUUCUUUCUUUCUUUUUUUUCUAUUUAUCCUCUUUGGUUUUUCAGCUGCUGUUCGUAGUAGGUGUAGCCCUUUACUUGCUUUUCAGCAAAAGCUGAGAGGUUUCUUCUGUUUUUUUUUUCUCUCUCUUUUGUCUUUGGGGAUCUGCGCAUUUUCUCAGAGUUUAUAUGGGAAAUGGGACCUUCUAAAGCAUGAUACUUUUCUUGUCUCACUUGUAAUUUUGUUGCUGAAGACGGAGCAAUGUCUGUAGAAACUUGGUGUAUGGUUCAGAAGAGUACUAGUUCUAGCUCAUGAGUUCGUUGGUACUUGGAAUCAAGAUGAUUGAUCAGUUCAUUAACUUUGUAAUUCGUCCUCCGAGGGCUGAAUAUGAUCCUGAUCAGUAUUUGUGGGAGAAAGAGUUUAGCCUCGGUGGCACAAAGUGUAAAAGACAAGACUUGGAGCUUACAAAUUCAAGGGGUCACACCUUGCGUUGCAGUCAUUACGUUCCCUCGUCUUCUCAGGAGGAUACUCCUCUCCCAUGUGUUAUAUACUGCCAUGGCAAUAGUGGAUGUAGGGCAGAUGCAAAUGAGGCGGUUAUGGUUCUUCUUCCAUCUAACAUUACUGUUUUCACCCUUGACUUCUCGGGAUCGGGCUUAUCUGAUGGUAAUUAUGUAAGCCUUGGCUGGCAUGAGAAAGAUGAUCUCAAGACUGUGGUAUCUUACCUGAGAAACAGCAAUCAGGUGUCUCGUAUUGGACUUUGGGGACGAUCUAUGGGUGCAGUUACCAGCCUUCUUUAUGGAGCAGAAGAUCCUUCAAUUUCUGGGAUGGUCUUAGACAGUGCAUUCUCAAACUUAUUUGAUCUGAUGAUGGAAUUAGUGGAUGUCUACAAAAUCCGACUUCCGAAAUUCACAGUUAAAGUAGCUGUGCAGUACAUGCGGCGAAUAAUUCAGAAAAAGGCGAAGUUUAAUAUUAUGGAUCUCAACUGUGUUAAGGUUUCGCCCAAGACUUUCAUUCCAGCUUUAUUUGGGCAUGCAAGCGGAGACAAAUUCAUCCAACCUCAUCACUCUGAUCUCAUUCUCAAGUGCUACGCGGGAGACAAAAAUAUUAUCAAGUUUGAUGGUGAUCACAACUCUUCGCGGCCGAAAUCUUAUUAUGAUUCAGUGUUAAUAUUCUUCUACAAUGUUCUUCGCCCGCCUCAAAUUUCUUCAGCUUGCUCUUCUAAACUUGAAAGUUAUUACAGUCUGGGAGAUAUCAAUAGCGCUACUGGUUUGGAUGAGAGUUUUCUUUAUGAGAUCAUAUCUGGUCUUCGCUCUGCAUGUAUCGAUGUUGCAAGUUCUUCUUCUGCGCCUCCUGCCCCUCUAACCACAAAGCCAACAAAUGAGCUCCUUUCAGAAGCCAUCCCCAUGACAGAUACAAAUGACGUGCCUGUAGAAGAUAAUGAUCACACCAUGGAGGACCCUGAAAACUUCGAGGGGAAGCCUGUUGACCAGUUUGAAGAAGGCUGUUCGUUUACAAGCUCCAACAGGGAAAGCUGGGGCAGAUGCUCUUCAUUAGGAGGCACUGAAGAAGAUGAGAGUUUGACUGCUGGCGAGGGUGAUCAGAUCGAGAAGACUGCUGAUAUAAACAUGGAACAAAAGCCAAGAGACUCUAGUAAAGAAGAAGAAGAAGAAGAGAAGAAGGAGAAGAAAAUUAAGAACGGAGGUGAAACAGAUACAAAGAAGUCUAGACACGAGAAAUUGGAAAGGUUGGAGGCUUUUAGCAGAAGACUGCGGCAUCGCAUCCUAAAGCGAGUAAACCAUAGAAGACAUCGUUCACCUUGACAAAAGUUCAAAAAAUGCUCUUAACUGUUGUAUAUCUCUGUAUCUCAUUAUGCACACUUCUCCUUCGAUUUGGCAAAUGGAAUCACAUGCAGCCAUUACCACAUUUAACCUCCAUCACAUCCUUACUAUUGUUUCAAAUGUCA